AUGGGGGGUCGUCCAUUUGCUAUAGCGGAGGGGGCGGAUUUUAUGUCUUUCAUGGAAGAGGAUGGGGUUUUUGAUGUAGACUCCAUUUCUAUGCUUCACCUGGCAAGACAUCCCUCAGAUCAUGCUCCGCUGAAGAUUUCGUUUGCAGCUCGAUCGGAUAAUAUACCAAGGCCCUUCCGAUUCUUGAAUAUCUGGACGACUAAACCAGAACUCUUGGAGGUGAUUCGCCAGGCUUGGAAUCAAGAUGUGGACGGAUCUCCGUUAUAUGCUGUACAACGGGCAGAGGAGGCUGUGGAUCAUGAUGUUUCGGAGGAGUGCCAGGUGGAGCUUAGCAAAGCUCAGGCGAAGUUGCGGCACGCAUUGUCAAUUGAAGGACAAUUUUGGAGUCAAAAGGCCAGGUUAAAAUGGCUUCGACAGGGAGAUCGAAACUCAAAGUAUUUUCAUGCGGCAAUAAGAUAG